AUGUCUCUCAUCGGACAUCACGGCGGCCUUUCAAUCGGCAAGGCUGAACGACCCGGCCCCUCAUUGGGCAAGAAGAUCAACAAGGAUCACGAAUCCAAGUCUGAAAAGGCUUCGUCUUCCCUCAGCCAGAGAAUUGGCGGCAUUCUCCACAGCCAGCGACGAGGGGAUGACCGGAGCGAAACUGCUUCCAUCUCCUCCGUUGCAACAGAAAAGAGAGCCCUAUUGGGAGACAAGAACAACAGCAGCUCUUCUAGGCAAGCAUCAAAGCUUGCCAAACCAAACGAGACUCUGAUGCCUCCUGUGAGGUUUUGGAAUUAG